GACCAAACGCAGACUGAAGGGAAGCUGUUUGACACCGGUUUUGCCUCCAACCAUGGCAAAAAUCAUCCUGAGGCACCUCAUUGAGACGCCAGUGCGCUACCAGGAGGAGUUUGAAGCUCGAGGCUUGGAAGACUGCAGGCUGGACCACGCUUUGUACGCACUGCCGGGGCCAACUACUGCGGACCUGAGAAAAGCCAGGGAGGCCCAGCUUCCUCCGGUGGACUCAGAGGCCAAGAUGCCGGCCCAAGAAGGCAAAUCCCGCUUCCAGAUCCUGCUGGACGUGGUCCAGUUCCUCCCUGAAGAUAUCAUCAUUCAGACCUUCGAAGGCUGGCUGCUGAUCAAGGCUCAGCACGGAACCAGAAUGGAUGAGCAUGGUUUUAUCUCAAGAAGUUUCACCCGACAGUAUAAACUGCCAGAUGGCAUCGAAACCAAAGAUUUGUCGGCCGUCCUCUGUCACGAUGGAAUUCUGGUGGUGGAAGUAAAGGAGCCAGCGGGGACUCAGUGAAAUCUUAUCAAUUCCUGUUCAUACGGCAGGAGGAACAUUGUAGUUCAGCCAACGGUACCAAGGGGAUGUUUGUAUUAACCACAUUUGAAAUGAUUUUUAUAAGAUUGAAAAUAGAAACGUAGUUCCUG